AUGAACGAUUUUGAGUGUUUUAUCACCGCCAGGAACGAUCUCCGCUCCGGGGAGGUGAUUUACGCCCUUUAUCAACGUCAAAUCCCUGUUCUCGCCCUUCAUAUUGAGCCCUCUGGUGAAAACGAUGGCGAAAUUACCCCUUCCUCGACUAUUAAUACCCCGAGUGCCUCUCAUAUUCAGGAAGUUCUUUACCAUGAACGGCAGCGAGUGCCGACGGGGAAUGGAAGUUCCUCUGUGGAGACUGUUGAGGAGGCGAUUCGGUCAUUUUUUGAUUUUCCUUCACAAAUGGGUAGUCUAAUCGCGAUUGAAUCGAAUGAUCCAUCGGUAUUUCAUCAGUUUUCUUCUUUCACGGCAAACCGUCCUGGCCAGGUGGGCGUUUGGUCCUGCACGUCAGCCAUCGAGGCGAUUAUUGUUUCCGCCCUUCGCCUGAAAAAGGGGGACCAGGACGAGAAGGUGGAUUCCGUUAAACGCACGGAUGAUGGUGGAAUAAAAAAGGCGGAAAAUUCCUCUUCUUUGUGCGUUUUGGAUCAAAUGGCGGAGGUGGGGUGGCUUCGAUCCGACGGCUAUCUGCUUUCGCGCCUAACCCCUGGGGAUAGUUUUCUGAUGCCUCCGCCCUUACCACUUUUUCACGAUUUAAAAGAUCAACUUAUGCCCUUUUUAUGGAAUCCAACAACGUCUUCGGGGCCUCAAACACUAGAAGCGCGGCUGGGGCCCUUUUACGCGCUUUCACAGCAGAACCCUCAGCUCUAUAGCUCGCUGAGAAUUUUGGACCGACAUGGCAAUCGCCGACUCAUGCGGUAUCUUCUUCAACGAGGGUAUUAUUUAAUCCUUCCGGAUCACAUGUCCAGCGCUUUUUAUGCGCUACGGCAAUGUCUUUUGACGUUUACCAAUUCCAACGCGUGGGAGGAGGGGAAAACAGUGAAAGAUGGCGUCGAAUCUGUCGAGGAGGCCUUUGAUAUGUUGAGCAAGGCGCUUCUAAGGUUUGAACAGCAUUGGUUGGAGAUGCCAAUGCCCUCGGUGGCGCUUUUUCUUUCGCCGAUGUCCAAGAACGAUGACUUACAUCCUGUGGAGGAUAUUGUGGGGGAACCUACCAGUUUUUCCGAAAACUGGAUUUUGAAUGCGCUUACGUCAUAUUAUGACGAUGGUGUUGAGGAUCCAAACAUAAUGCAUUCGGCAUCUCAGGGAGUGGAAGUGCGGGUAUUGAAAAAAAGAUCGGUGGAUUCGAGCGCGCAUGGCAUCGUAAAGCAUCUCCAGGAAUAUAUGAUGGAGUGCAUUACGACCUUCACGAAUUAA